CCGUGACCCUGCACACUCCCUCCCUCCUUCCCUGACCCGUGACGGCGGGGAAAUUAUCCCCAUCCCUCACCUCAGCCCAGAUUCAAUUACCCCCAGCCCGUAACUGGGGAAAAUAAUAAUAAUAGUAAUAAUGCCAGAGUGCAACUAAGCUCCUCCUUCAGCCCACUGAGGCAGAAAGCCCCUUCUUCAGCCGGGGAGUGUGGCCAUGUGGUAAAUACACCCACCCUCAGCCUCAGACCAGGGGACAGAUGUCAAAGGACGCUGGAGAGGGAUGAACACCUAACCCCGCCCCAUGCUGGGACCAGCAGUCAAUACCCUGUGUCACUGUCUGGGGCAAGGAACAAUAAAAACCCCACCUCUACUCCUAAACUGUGGGUCAGCAAUGGGCCGUAAUUCAGCUUAUACAGGAAAACGACCGGUUCCGAAAACAGAUGGCUCCCCGCCGAUUCCGUCAGUAAAUGAGCGCCUAGCUUUCCUCCGCCCUUCCCGGGAGCUGCUUGAGUAUUACCGUAAAAAGAUUGCAGAGUUUGAUGAAGAGCAUGAAGCCCUCUUAAAAAGACUAGAGAGCUAUAAGGCCACAUAUGAAGAGCAGCAUAAACUCCAAUGGGAGAUGCGGCAGAGGGAAGAGGAAAUUGAGGAGCUGCAGAAAGCACUUAGCGACAUGCAGGUUUACCUUUUUCAGGAACGUGAGCACGCACUGAGACUCUAUGCUGAAAAUGACCGGCUAAAAAUCAGGGAGUUGGAAGAUCGGAAAAAGAUGCAACAUCUCUUGGCACUUGUGGGCCCUGAAGCUGAAACAGUCACUUACUUUCACAGGGAGCCUCCACAUAAGGUCACUGUUCCACAACGUACUGUACAACAUGGCCACACUGAAGUUACGUCUUCAAAGAAGGGUCUUAAAAAAGUACCAUCAAAAGUGACCAGAGCUGUUAGUCCAACUAUCCCAGACAACUAUCAGAGAGAUAAUCAAACUCUGCUACUACAGGUUGAAGCCUUGCAGUCUCAGUUGCAGGAGCAGACACAGUUGGCGAAAGAGCAAACUGAUGCAUUGUUGGAGGAUCGAAGGAUUCGUAUGGAGGAGGCACACGUGCAGCAUGAACGGGAUAAAGACAAAAUCAAAUCUCUGGCAGAGAAACUGCACAAAACUCAGAAUCUACUUUAUGAGAGUACCAAAGACUUCCUUCAGCUAAAAUUUGAGGGUCGAGAUGCCGAGAAAGUCUGGAUGGCUGAGAAGGAUCGUCUGUUACAGGAGCUGGACAGACACAAUGAGCUGAGAAACGGAGGUGGUGAUUCUGAAAUGCAAUUUCAUCGAGAGUCACCAAUGGAACAUGAGAUACAAAGGAUACAGAGUGAAGAAAUAAAGUCACUCGAGGAGCAAGUAAACCAAGCACAUCGACUGGCAGAUAUGUAUAGAGAGCAGUGUGUGACACUUGAGAACGAUCUGGCACGAAUUCGGGAAGAAGGGGAUGUUGGCCGUCAACUGUUUAAGGAGCGUUCUGAUAAAACAGUGAAGCGUCUUCAACUAAUGACACAACGAUAUGAGGCCCUAGAGAAGCGACGAGGGAUGGAAGUAGAAGGCUUUAAAAAUGACAUCAAACUGCUGCGACAGCGGCUGAAGGAUGUGGAGAGGCAGCUGUUCAAGGUAACACUUGGAAUCGGGCCUGACCAGGAUCUUGCUAUCCUUCAUGAGGUGCGUCGAACAGUCAGUCAGUCAAGGCAGAUCCAAGGAGAGCUCAAGAAUCUGAAGGCCAAGAUUUAUGGCUUAGAAAGUCAGUUGCGAUUUGGCUAACAUUUUCUCAUCGAGUGUUCACCACAUUGUUUAAGUGUGGGGUCUGAUUGUGUCAGUAGCAUGUGAUCCACCAUAGGGUAUGAUUUAUUUAUCACCAAAUAACAUAAUGUGUUUCUGCCAGAGUUGCUGCGAGUUGUUCUACUUUGUUUCUUCAGAGUGAAGGAUGGCUCACAUUGAAUGGUUAGUCAAGCUUGUUAAACUUCACUCAGUUUCUUUUUGUUUCUUCUUUUGUCAAUUCCUGUAAGAGUAGUGGGGAUGGAAGCAAUUUUUCAGGACAUCCAAUGGAGAUACUUUGAUUUUCCCUGAACUAUAAAUCUCCACAAGUCUAAAACAAAGGUCUGGCAGAUUUUGGAGAGAGAAAGCAAGAGAGAGAAAAAUCAAGGAAGCACUUCAAGUUCAAUAUGACAUUCUGCAGGUUCUGGUCUGAAAAUGGUAAUUGUUUCCCUCCUUCCACAGAUGCUGCCAGACUAGUUGAGAUUUUCCAGCACCACUGUUUUUAUUUCUGAUUGCCAUUAUAUGUAAUAUUUUGCAUUUGUUUGCAGCACUCUUGCGCAUUCAAAAGAGAUGCUUGGUGUGAUGAUCUGUUUCAGUUUUUGUGUUUGUUAAUUUGAGAUUUCUUUGAUUUGCUUGAUGGUGUUACAGGUUUAGUUUCAAGGCAGCUGACCUUAACACAAUGUGGUACAGAGGCUUCAGACUCCUGGUGUAUCAGCAUCCUGUUCACAUUGGGUUGGAGCGGCCAGCUGUUGGUGUGUGAGGUUGGAGCGGCCAGCUGUUGGUGUGUGGGGUUGGAGCGGCCAGCUGUUGGUGUGUGGGGUUGGAGCGGCCAGCUGUCUGUGUGUGGGGUUGGAGCGGCCAGCUGUCUGUGUGUGGGGUUGGAGCGGCCAAGCCAGCUGUCUGUGUGGAGGGCUGGUGCAGGACUCCAGUUUCUAUGAUGAAUAGUAUGAGUUACAAGUUCCAGAAUACUGAAUAUAGUUCAGUCACUAAAAUGUUCCUGUUCUGAUGAAGUAGUUCAGCCCAGAUUGGAAAUUGAGGUUACUCUUCAAUAUGUGUGACUUAACAUCACAUUGGAGUAAAUGCAUUCAUCCACUCAAUGAGAAAGGCAAUUGUCCAUUUAACAAAAAGUAUCACUUAAGAACCACUCAAUUGUCAAAGCAGCAUCUGUUUUGUAACAGAACUUGCUGAUUGAUUGGUGCGCAAACCUUUCAUAUUAUGUUAGGAGCAGCACAAAGAAGGGGCUAUCUCUGCAUUGGAGUUUUCUCAUCUCACACCUUGAACAGGAGCACAGGCUUAUAAGGCCUCAAGUGGCACUCUGAAGCAUAGUACAGAGUGAAAUACUACUCUGCGCCUAUCAAGUCUCCAUCUCAGUAAAUUUUGAAGGAAAGGGUGAUAUUUUCUGAUAAAAUGCAUAUGCUGGAAAUUUCCAUUUACGUGUGCAGAAAAGGUGUCUUGGGAAGUGACACUGUACCCACGGUGCUAAUUUGAUUGAAAGCCAUUUUAGUAUACAGAGGAACCUCGAUCGUGCAGCAUUCAAUUAACCGAAUUUUGGAUUAUCUGAACAAGAUCGCAAGGUCCCAAUGCUUGGCUAACUAUGUUAUCCAGCAUUCGAUUAUCCGACAUUCGAUUAACUGAAUAAAAUACUCCCCACCAGUGUCCUUCGGAUAUUUGAGGGUCCUCUGUAUAUGAUGAUGGAAGCCACAGUUCACCUCAGAAUUGUGUUGUCAGAAUUUAAUUGAUUUCAGUUGAAAUGUAUGUAAUAGACUGGAUGCAGCUUUGCGAUUGUGUUUGUAAAUUUGAGGGAGCUGAAUAUCUAUUUGGCAAGUGAAGCCGAUUUGGGGGUAAAGUUUGGUGCAUGCUCCAGAGUAUGGACUUGACACAAUGCUUUUCUUAUCCCAUAUUAUUGCUAUGUUGUGAAUUAUGUGAUCUUAUGGUGUGAUCGCACGGUCAUUGUGGCUUAACUGUUGCUACUUCUCUCAGGACAAAGGUUUGUUGUUUGAGUUUAUAGCCUGGCUGACAUUGCAUUAUUGAAGUUGUCCACAAAAAUGAGACCUUGAGUAUGAUCCCAACGUUUUUGUUCCGGUGGAUGCAAAAAAACUCCGGUGGAUGCAAAAAACUACUCAAAAAUAAGUAGUCCUCCUGCUUUGGAAGUAAAAACCAACACACCAGCUUUUGAAAAAUUCAUUCUUCAUCUUAUUGCUAUUUUCACAAAUCUUUGUGUGCAAGGUCUGUUUUCCAAGUUAAUUUGAAAAGUGAUUCAUUUUGUGUUUUCUUUGGUUCAUUGAAAGGUACUGUAUAUAACUGUAACUUCAUUCUUUAUUUUAAUAUAUAGUUUUAGAGUUUCAAAUAAAGAUUUUUUUAAGCUUA